AGAACUCUAAGUUUAGGCAUUCUGGUUACUCGAAGCGCAACAUUUGAAGAUUCGACCGCCGCUUCAUCGUCCCUUCGCAAACAAACUGAGGAUGCUGCAGAUCGAAGUAUGGAAAGCACAAUCUCCAUGAUUGCGUGAUGACGAGCUAUCUCAUCGUCUUCUGCAGCUGCAUAAGAUCAUCUAUUCCUGGACACACAUACUUACACGGUCUACUCGUAUUCGAUAUAGCGAACAAUAAGUCGCGAUGAGAUAUAAAAAGGCGAGCAGUGGUGAUUUUGCUUUGCAUUCUGGUGCGUUUAUUCCUUCUACUCCAGCCAACAUCAAACAGUGGGUGGCUAUGGCUUGCCACUGCGUCGGCGAUCGUCUGGAUUCCUGCAAUUACUGCCCACCAUACCGGAAAACGCUGUGCUGCAAAAUUUGCAAUCGGUGAAGAAAGUCCCACCGCCCGGGCUGAUGGACUGCUCUGACAGUGAGGAAGAAGAGGAAGCAGGCGAGGAAGCGGCGCCACUACGACAGAUGACACGGCCUGCGAAUGAACCGCUAGUGGGCCCCCGGAAAGACGGCACUUCCGCUUCGUUUCAUCGCUGAGGAGCAUGUACUAGGAUCAUGUACUAGUAGCGCGUGGUGGUGUCGACUUACAGGAUGGGAGGCAAGAAGAUUUAUAGGCCGGUCCACGACACUAGACCGGGGAAGUUCUUUACCUGGGGUUCUUCUCGCUUUUUGAUCUUUUGAGGCUUUUUUGGAGAUUUCCUUUUUUUUUGCGUACCAACUCUGAUUUUUGAUUUCCAUUUUUUUUUUUGGCAAUAGAGCUUACAUCAGUAGGCCAAGCAGAUCAAGC